GAAGUACUUGUCUAGUUAGAGAGAUCACGUGUUUCAUCGCGAGAUUUGGGUCUUGUGAUCUCGGGUGAAGAUGGCGGCUCCGCCUGACGAGCAGAGCUUAGAGUCCCGCAUCAACAAAGCGACCAACCCUUUAAAUCGAGAAGCUGACUGGGAGAGUAUUCAACUGUUCUGUGACCAGCUCAGCAAUGAACCUGAAGGUCCACAGUUGGCCACCAGGCUUCUUGCUCACAAGAUUCAGUCCCCUCAGGAGUGGGAGGCCAUGCAGGCACUCACGGUUCUAGAAACCUGUGUGAAAAACUGUGGGAAAAGGUUCCAUAAUGAGGUGGGGAAGUUCCGUUUCCUGAACGAGCUCAUCAAAGUGGUUUCUCCUAAGUAUCUUGGUUCUCGAGCACCAGAACCAGUGAAGAAAAAAGUUUUAGAAAUGAUGUACAGCUGGACUCUGAGUUUACCAGAGGAGACAAAGAUUUCUGAUGCUUAUCAGAUGCUUAAGAAACAAGGUAUUAUUAAACAGGAUCCAGAUCUUCCUGAUGAUAAGCCCUGUCCUCCUCCACCACCCAGGCCCAAAAACGCCAUUUUUGAGGAUGAGGAGAAAUCAAAGAUGUUGUCCCGUCUUCUGAAUAGCUCUCAUCCUGAGGACCUGCGGGCAGCAAACAAACUCAUCAAAGAAAUGGUUCAGGAGGAUCAGAAGCGUAUGGAGAAGGUGUCGAAAAGGGUGAAUGCUAUUCAGGAAGUAAAGGAGAGUGUUGGGCUUCUCACACAGCUACUGGGAGAUUACAGCAAAGAGAGCAGCUCACAUAGUAACGAGGAGCUCAUUAAGGAUCUCUACCAGCGCUGUGAGAAAAUGAGACCCACUCUGUUCAGACUGGCAAGUGAUACUGAGGAUAACGAUGAAGCUCUUGCUGAGAUCUUACAGGCGAAUGACAGCUUAACACAGGUGAUCAAUCUGUACAGGCAGCUAGUGAAGGGGGAAGAGGUGAAUGGAGACACCAGCAAUACAGCCGGACUCCCAGGCAGCAGUACCGCUUUGUUGGACCUGACAGGACUGGACACUUCCCUUUCGGCUCAGUCUUUCUCUGAAUUUCCCUCUCAGACACCAUCUUCACAUGAGCUGGGCAUUAGCCUUCUGGAUGAUGAGCUCAUGUCCCUGGGCUUGACUGAAGUCAAUUCUAACCUGGCACAUUCCCAAUCUGGAGAUGCUAUGACGUGGAAUACUUUUCAGUCAUCAGAGUCUGUGGACGCACCCGUUACGCCAGUCCCUGCAGUGCUGUUGCCAGUGGCAAGUGCUACCAAGACGCCUGUUACUCUCCCUGUGACAUCCACUAAAUCCCUAGACGAGUUAGACCUGUUGGGUAAGACCCUGCUGCAGCAGUCUCUACCCCCAGAAAAUCUUCAGUUCAAAUGGGACAAACUUCAGUCUCAGUCCAAACCCACACUACGAGACCUUCAGAUCAAAUCUGGAAACAACUCCGCUACAACCCCCAGUCCUGUGUUGGCCUUUUCCGCUGAGCCAGGAGCUCUUCUGAACUCACAGCUCACAGCAGGCAUCACUCCAGCCUCUACCCCUCAGGAUGACAUAUCAUUGGUGAAUCUGACUGUGCCCCUGGAGUCUAUCAAACCUAGUAGCUUGUUACCUGUGACAAUCUUUGAUAAACACAGCCUGCGAGUUUUGUUCCAUUUUGCAAGAGACUCUCCACCAGCCCGACCAGAUGUUUUAGUGGUGAUAAUUUCCAUGUUGUCAUCUGCCCCUGUGCCCAUCUCAAAUGUACGAUUCCAGGCUGCUGUUCCUAAGACUAUGAGAGUGAAGCUGCAGCCACCGUCGGGAUCAGAUUUACCGGCCUUCAACCCUAUAUUGCCCCCUGCCGCCAUUACACAGGUCCUGCUUUUAGCCAAUCCUCACAAGGAGAAGGUGCGGUUGAGAUACAAACUGACAUUUGAUUUAGGAGAAGAAUCACAUGAUGAAAGCGGAGAUGUAGAGCAGUUCCCUCCGCCAGAGUCCUGGGGAAACCUUUAAAGAAACAGACUGAUUUCCUGCUAGUGGCCCCUCUGCUUCCUGAUGGCAGUUCAUAUCCAGACUGUCAAUGGCUCUGCCUUUGAUCCAGAUCUCUCUCUCCUCUCCUCCGGAUGAGUGCUGAGAGGAGGCCUUUAAAUAAACUUGUUUGAUUUUUAAUUCCAGUUCUAACUUUUUUAACACCCCCCCCCCCCUCCUUUUUUUUCCCCCUUGUUGUUGUUGUUUUCGGCCCUUUUUGUAUGAAGCUUUAAAUGUUUGAAAGUUAGAGAGUUGAGUUUUGUGGUCAUUCAUGACAUUACUUCCACGUGUGAAUUGAGAUGCUGGAGUCUCAGUCAGCUGUAAUGACAUAGAGCAGGUGAAAUUUCUGCACUAAUUGUUUCAUUUUCAUUGUGUUGAUUAAUAGGUUUUGUGCACUUGCACACAUUCUUGAUCAUAUUUCUGUUUUUUGUGUGUUUGAUUGUAUUGUCAGGCUGCAUGUGGUUUUACUGGUAACACCAAACUUGAAUCAAUUUCUUAGCAAGGAAUACUUAAACUAAAGUAGACUAUAUUCAAAUCAAACAGCCCUUCAUUCAUUGUAAUUUUUGCAUCUAAUUUAUGAUUGUCCUCAAUCCUAAAAUUGCCCUUGUUCUGUACACUGUACUGCUCUUGAACAUCACGCUGAUGUCUUGUUUAUAUUUACCGUACGUGCCUAAUCAGAUUUUUUUUUUUUUUUUCAUGCUAAUGUGAAUAUAAUUUUGUGUUUGAUGCUUGUUUUUAAUUGUCAGAAUAACAUAAGCAUUUGCCCCUCGGGUAAACACUUUUUUGAAUCCUUGAUGGUUCCACAAUUAAUCUGGGCUCUUUCAGUGCAGUACAGUUUAAUGAAUACUAUUUCACCCUUCACCAUGCUUGUAUAAGAUAAAAGAAGUUAUCAGAAGAAUUCUGUAUUCAGAAAAUGUUAACAGAAAUCAUUUGCUGAAUCAGGAUGCUGCUGCUGCAUCAGAAUUCUCUGCAGACAGGAAUUUAAAUUAGUUCUCAAAUAAACAAUUCUAGUUUGUGUCUCCCUACAGUUAAAGGUCUGUGAUAAAGCCAGUUGCAUUCCAGAUUAUGUCCUUCCAACCUGACAAAGUGUAAAUAUCGGUAUUGCUAUUAUGUACAUUUGCCAAAAACUUAUACAGAGACUAAACAUACGGAGAAGUGAAUGUAGUGCAAAUAUGUAUUUAAGGGAAAUAAAGUUAUUCUUUUUCUCUGGGGUUUAAAA